AUGUUACAUUCUUCCAGCAGAUAUUUUCUACUGGCGGCCGUCUCUGCUUCUGUGGUUCUCGCACAAUCAAGGUCUUGGAGAUUUUACUUCGACUCCAAAAGUGCCAGUCAUACCACGCAACCGACUGCUGCCAGCGCAAACCCCACUGGGAAUGUGUGCGAUGCCUGCUGUGCUUUCUAUCCCGUAUACUCGCAGGCGUGGACUUGGUCGCAAAUAUCAGCGGUGCCUGUGACUGUCGGCACCGUUUUGUUGCAAGUUGACAGAGACUCCAACAUGACCUCAACGACGACCAUCCUGCACACUAUACCGGUCUCGAUCACUCAUUCGAAUGAGCACGGUUCAUUUAGCCAAAGGGUCGAACCGACUUCCUGGUCUCAGAAUGGGACGUUCGUCAGCUCCACGCUCACUGCGACGAAGACCGCGUUCUUCCAAGAUCUCACGGGCCAGAAUCGUACUCUGGGCAGCGGAUCUCCCCUACCAACCGCUACAGGUAUGACUGCCCUGGCGCCAGGAACUGUUGAUGCAGAAGAUCCGCUUGGAAUCUGGUGGACCUUAAAGCCGGUAUCGAUUGCGCCAAUAUCCUUAUCGCCAGCAAACAUCAGCAGCUACUUUGGUGACGGGAUCGUCGCAUCGAUACAUGCCUCGUGUUCGGCCGAACCUAACGAGGUACAUCCUGCUACCAGUGUCAAUGUCGCGUCAUUCCUACUCGAUACGUCGACUUCUUAUGGAUCCUUUUCGAUCACCACAUCGCCGAGCCCGGCCACCCCGACGCCUGAAAAGCCAAGUCCGGAGAGCGUGGCCCCAUCUCCCGAAAGUUCUGCACCGACUGCCCCAAUAGCCACGGGCGUAGCAGUAGAGCCACAGGCUGCUGAGGACACACAGCCAAGCCCGAAUGUAGGGACUUCACCAGGUGGUGAACCUUCGCCAGCGGUCGGAGCGGAAAGCACACCGGCAUCACCAGCUUCUGGAGGCGGAAGCACACCAGCACCGGAAGCCGCUGGAGGUGGAAGCCCAUCCGCGCCGCAAGCAGCUACAGGCGGAGCCCCAUCGGCAACGUCAGCUGGCACGUCCAAUCCAGAGCAAGUCUCGCCUUCUAGGGCAGGCCCAGUUUCGAGCAAUGAAGUAGGCUCAAGUGUAAAUGCCGGCGGUGCAUCGCCCACUGAGCCCUCUCAACAACAGUCGACACCACCAGCAUCUCCAGUUCCAGAAGCUACUAACCCCAUAUCUACGUCAGUCUCUUCGCCGUCGGCACCAGGAUCAGUGACAGCACCUGCAUCUGGCACACUUCCUAGCUCUGGUCCGGUUUCUUCAAAUCCUGAGUCAACCUCGCAAAGCUUUCCAGCAAUACCCCAGGGGCCUGGCGGAUCCGCUCCAUCUGGAAUAGAGUCGACCAGUGCGCAACCGGGAUCCAAUACCUUAACCGCCAGUUUGCCGAGCUCAGGCCCAGAAAGCUCCACAAUCUUGACUGGAGCGUCGACUGGUCAAAGUUCGAGUUCUGAAUCAACUCCCACCACAUCAUCCGCCGUCAAUGUGAGCUCGGGCAGCGCUGUUUCGAGCGAAGAGUCGAGUCCGUCGGCAACAUCAACAUCAGCAAGUGGGAGUGUCGUACCCUCGACAGGUGAUGCAUCUUCAAGGGCCAACAAUUUGAAAGCGAGCGUCAUUGUCUUGUUCUUUGUAUUAGUAAUGAAUGCAUAG